AUGCCAGGCAGCAUCAACAGUGAUGGAAGUGUCUACAAUGCAUCAGGAGUCCGAUUAGGUCAAAUUAAUUGUGAUGGAACUGUCUACAAUGCAACGUAUACUAAUGUAGGCAACAUUGAAAGAGAUGGCACAGUUAGGAAUUCUAUGGGGAUGAUGGUUGGCAAAGUAGAGGAUGAUGGAACGGUGCGCGAUAGCAGAUUUAUUACGAUUGGAAAGGUUGACGAUGAUGGUACAGUUCGUGACAGUAACUUCUUGAGACUUUGCCAAAUCUAUAAUGCUCCAUCACCGGUAUGGGUGGCUGCAGCGUAUUUCUUUUUUGACUUCGAUUUGUCGUAA